CGAUUAUUAAAAUUGUUAAAAAACAACAACAGAAAUUAUCAUCUUACAUACAAUAUUCGAUUGGAAAUUAGGAAUGUAAUAUUGUAGAGCUAAAUAAUAUAUAUUUACAUAUAGUUCACAUAUUUUGGAAAUAUAAAAUGUCAAAAAGAUCAGUACGUUCCAGCAGCCGAGCUGGCUCGAACAAAAGUGUUGGCAAACCUGGCGGUAAGAAACAGCCGCCUACACUCGAGCCAUGUUCUCAGUGCACAAAAACCGAGAAAAAUAUGAAAAUGCUCGAUUGCAGCCAUGGUUUUUGCCAAGAUUGUGUGAAAACCUUAGCAAUCAAAGAGCCCGAGGACGAGAAAGAUGGUCGAAGUUCAAAAAUGUCAACUAAAGGCGGCAAGAAGACCGCGGCUCCGAAAGUGGAAUAUAUUUGUUCCGUGUGUAAUCCGCCGAAAGAAGAACAGGAUUUUACUCAUGGCGAGUGCGCACCUUGUAAGUUUGAGGAGAAAACGAGUGGGGCCUGUGGAUAUUGUGUGGAAUGCGCGGAACUGCUGUGCGAAUCAUGUUGCACUGAACAUAACAAAUUCAAAACUAUAAGAGCUCACAAUAUUCUCAAAGGCGACAGGAUUCCUAAGGACACGGGUGCUGUUGCUAGACUACCUCUUUUGAUGAUGUGUAUGGUCCAUACAGAGAAAGACCUUGAGUACUACUGCGCAGAUCAUGACGUCAUGGGUUGUGGCGCAUGCGUAAACACUGAUCACAGGCGAUGUGAACGUGUUAUGUUUAUCAAGGAUAUCACCGAUGAACCUGCUGACAGAAAGGUAGUUGCAGAUGCUGCAGUAGAGCUAAGAGACAUUAAAAGAAAUUUUGAAGAUAUUCACAAAGACACGGGCGAGAUACUUACAAGUCUUGAACAGCAAAGGAAUGAAAUUCGAGAACGUCGUGAACAGUACAAAAACAAAAUAAUGGAACUUCUGGAUAAACUGGACACGUCUAGUGAAUUGGAAAUGGAAGAAGUGAUACAGAGGGUGUCAAACGAUAUGGGCGACGACAGCCAGAGCUCUAAAGAGAUUUUAACGAAAAUAGACAGCUCAAUACAAGUCCUAGAUGCUGCUGCCGGACAUGCCACUGACCAACAAAUGUUUGUUGCUGGCCGCCGGAGCGCAUCAGAGAGAGAUAAAUAUGUCAACAUGCUGAAUAAUGCAAUGGGAAGUAUAAAGAAUGUCCGGCUUGAAUUUAAACCUGACCCGACACUUGAUCGACUGGCUAAAAGUCUAGAAAUGUUUGAUGGAAGAUCGAUAACGUCGAACAGUGUGAGAUACAAUCAGAAAUCUAGAAACACCUUUCAACCUCAAAAUGGCUUCAUCGACCAUACCUCAAGCCAACAGCCGAUAAAUUACAUUUCACGUUCCGAUAUGAACCGGCGUCCUUCGUCUGACUUCUCCAACUCUAUGUCAAUGACACAGUUCCAGGGCAAUCGCGAUAUUGAACUUCCACCAAUCACAAACAGUCGUCAAACCUCGAUAAUGUCCGGCUCCGUACCCGAUUUUAGAAGUGCGGGAUUGAGAUCUAAUAUGACCGAUUUCCACGGAGGACCUGGAGGUGGAAUAAGAAGUCUACCGCAGACGCCAAGACAGACUGAAAUAGCUCAGCAAUUUAGAAGCAUGCCACCAACACCUAGAUUGGCUAUGGCAGGGGUACAGGAGCAGACGCAGUAUGAACGCCAAAUGUAUAAUCAGGGCGCUUUGCCUAUCAUUCCACCGCCGCGUGGGGCUUUCUCUGAGCCAGGCUUUGACAUGGGACGUCAGCAGCGCGAUUUUGUUCCGGUCUCGCCUAGGACUGUUGGCAACAACUCACUUGUUAACCAGGGCCUCAACAAACCUCAAGUCAGCAAACCAGACAUGUUAUUAAUAAAUCACCAACAAAUGUCUAGAAGAAGUUCCCUUACAAGCAUUGCGUCUAUGCCAUUACCGACAAAAGAAACAAGUACAAAAACAAAAUCUGAUAUUCUUGCGCAAGCAUCUCCGAUAAAACGUCGUGGAGAGUUGACUUCCUCUGGUCCCGCUCUGAAAGACCGAAAGGCGGUUUUGGCAGGUCAAUUCAACAUUCGGCUUCAAGAAGACUCCAAUGUAUGUGGUUUAAAAGGAACAGCUUUUCUCCAGGAUGGCAGAAUUGUUUUAGCAGAUUAUGAAAACCAUAACGUAAAGGUAUUUGACUCAAAACUUUAUCGCGGCUCUCAACUCCGUUUAUCGUCUGGACCAUGGGAUGUUGAAGUGACUGGACCUAAAGAGGUAGCGGUGUCAUUACCAUUUGAAAGCAAAAUUCAGUUCAUAGCUGUUACCGAUCAGUUGAAAGCAACACGAACAAUAAAAUUGGAUAUGGACUGCUACGGCAUAGUCUGCAGAAACCAAGAGCUAAUUGUCGUCUGCAAUGAUUAUCUGAUAGGCCCAGCUGUACAAGUUGUAAGUCUUACAGGAAGAAUAAAGCAGACUAUAGAUACGGACAGGAGUGGCCGAAGAAUCCUUUCUGAUCCCUACUAUCUGACCGUUACUCCGACAGGUAAACUUAUCUACGUCUCUGAUAAAGAUCGAAUCGUUUGCAUGGAUCGCCAUGGCAAUGUGACGUCAAUAUAUCAGGAUACGUCGCUACGUAACGCACAGCGAAUUGAUAUUGAUAAUGAUGGAAAUUUUGUACGUCUGUGUGAUAUAUGUCUAUAG